AAUUCCAAUUUCCCAUCAGGCCCAUGUUUUCUCCUUUUGCUUUCUCUCUAAUUUUUUCAUCGUCUUGGCAGACACAGCAAAUUCCAUUGAGAGAAGAGAGAGAGAGAGAGAGAGAGAGAGAGAGGGUUAAUAAUACAGAGGUGUGUUCAGAAGAGAUACACACCAAGAGAGGAGCGUCGUCGGUCGUCGUCGUCGUCGUCGUCGUUUUCUUUUUCUUCUUUCUCUUUCCUUUUCUUGUUCUUUUCGUUUGCAAAGUUUUGAUUUUUUUUCUUGGUUUGGAUUUCGUUUUGGGCGUUUGUUGUCGUUGCUAAUUUUUCCCUCUCUUUCCUUUUUUUCUCUCCGUGUCUACAAUCAAUUGGGCCGAAACAAAGCUUAUUUUAGGGUUUUACCCAUUGAAGAUCUUCUUUACAGCUCAGAUUUUCUGGGGGGAUUUUUAUUUUAAUCCCUCUCGCUUUCUCUCGUUUUCUCGCGCUUUCUCAGAUCGCUUUGAUCGCGUUCUCAAUGCUUAUUCAGGGGGUUGCCUUCUGAUUAGGGUUUUUUUCUUUCGCGAUGUACACAUUUUCGAAUUGAUUCAUGGCGAAUUUAUGUAGACUAUGGGAAUGACAACGUUUUGAGCUUCUUGGGGGUUAAAAACGUUGAUUCUUGUUCGGGCACAUUGGGACUGGGGUUAGGGUUUUUGUAGAUAUGAUCAAACAGAUAUUGGGCAAACUACCUCGAAAACCCUCGAAAUCGUCGCACAAUGAUUCCAACAGCGAGGGAGGGGUCAAUGCCAAUUCUACUCAUUCUUCACUUGGUCCCAAUUCCGUUAAUAGCUUGAAACCCAGUGCAGCGUCCUCCAAAUCUUCCAACUCGGGUUCGCGUUUGAACAAUGGGACUCUCGCCUCACAUCAAUCGGGCGCUAAUAAGUCCAAUCAAGGGAAGAAAACAGCUCCUAUCUCGACCCAGGUUGGUCCCAUGUUAUCUUCUGCGGUAUACGAGCCACUACCGAGUUUCAGGGAUGUUCCAAGCUCCGAGAAGCAGAAUCUGUUCAUCAGGAAGUUGAAUAUGUGCUGCGUUGUGUUUGAUUUUAGCGAUCCCUCGAAGAAUCUCAAAGAGAAGGACGUAAAGCGGCAAACUUUGCUUGAGCUUGUUGAUUAUGUUUCGUCUGUGACAACGAAAUUCAACGAGGUGGCAAUGCAGGAAAUUACAAAGAUGGUGGCAAUCAAUAUCUUUCGAACAUUUCCUUCUUCAAAUCAUGAUAUUAAGGGCCUAGACAUGUAUGAUCCGGAGGAGGAGGAACCUACAAUGGAGCCGGCUUGGCCUCAUCUUCAGAUUGUGUAUGAACUUCUACUCAGGUUUGUGGCUUCAACGGAGACAGAUGCUAAGCUUGCUAAAAGAUAUAUUGACCAUUCAUUUGUCUUGAGGUUGUUAGAUUUGUUUGAUUCCGAGGAUCAAAGAGAGAGGGAGUAUCUGAAGACCAUUCUCCACCGUAUCUAUGGAAAGUUCAUGGUACACCGACCCUUUAUCAGGAAAGCUAUCAAUAACAUCUUCUAUAGGUUUAUUUUUGAGACUGAGAAGCACAAUGGGAUUGCCGAAUUGCUUGAGAUCCUGGGGAGUAUAAUUAAUGGGUUUGCUUUGCCGCUGAAGGAAGAGCACAAGCUCUUUCUUGUUCGUGCCUUGAUUCCUCUUCACAAGCCCAAGUGUGUCUCAAUGUACCAUCAACAGCUAUCUUAUUGCAUCACUCAGUUUGUUGAGAAAGAUUUCAAGCUAGCUGAUACUGUCAUUCGAGGUCUGUUGAAGUACUGGCCAAUAACUAAUAGUUCAAAGGAGGUUAUGUUUCUUGGAGAGUUGGAAGAAGUUUUAGAAGCUACCCAAGCUGCAGAAUUUCAACGUUGCAUGGUUCCUUUGUUCCGGCAGAUUGGUCGUUGUCUCAACAGCUCACAUUUUCAGGUGGCUGAACGUGCAUUGUUUUUGUGGAACAAUGAUCACAUAAGGAACCUGAUCACCCAGAACCGGAAAGUGAUAUUGCCUAUAAUCUUCCCUGCUUUAGAGAGAAACACACAGGGUCACUGGAACCAGGCUGUUCAGAGUCUGACACUGAAUGUGAGGAAGAUCUUUUCUGAUGCUGAUCAAGCACUUUUUGAGGAGUGCUUGCUCAAAUUUCAAGAAGACGAAGUCAUGGAAAAAGAGUUGCAGGCAAAGCGGGAAGCAACCUGGAAGCGCUUGGAAGAUGUGGCAGCCUCUAAAGCUGUCAGCAAUGAGGCAGUACUUGUCUCAAGAUUUGUAUCUUCUGUUGCCAUUGCCAGCAGUACGAGUCCGCGAGGUACUACCAGUAUUUGAAAAAGGGCAGGUAAUGUCAAUCAGAAGAAUUUACUCUUAUCAACCACUGUGGAAGGAAUCAUGGUGCUGCCAAGCUGAUGCCAAUGUAAGGAUUGUUUAGUCUCACCAGAAGGAUUUCUUAUAGCUGUAGUAUUCUACCUGCAGAACCAACAAAGAUAGGGUGGGGAGAUUAUGUGGAUAUCGACACUGCACCAGUUUUUUGGGUUCUGGGUUCAUUCCUUUUGUUAUUUUCACUUUCCUCUUGUUAAUCCCUCUUACUGAAUGGAAAUAUAAGUGCGUGUAUCAUAAGGGAUUUGGUUAUAGGGGUAGUUCUUCAGAUUUGCUACCUGAUAAUAUUUAUUUUGUAAUGAUGCACAGAGGUUCUUCCCUUUUUGCCAAAAUGUUGCUGUGUACUUUUCCUUAC